AUGAGCGAUGGGGAUCCGGACCAUCUCACUUCAGUCAGUCAACAAAUUAAUCACGCAUCACUGCUAGCUACUAAUUGGAAGCUUCGGCAGCGACAACAGAAUAUAGCUCCCGACGCCUGGAUCGACAGCUAUGCAGCGGGAAAGCUGAAGCCGACCAAUUCAAAUAAUUCUAGGUCCUCUAUCAAAGCGGAUCUCGAGCCAUACAGCGGUAGAGCGUUGGAUUGGUUCGCUUGGGUGGAUCUGUUCAGAGCCUUAGUUCACGACGCAGCCAAGGCCCCUGGUGAAAAACUGGCCCUGCUUAAACGUCAUCUAAGAGGAGAUUGCCUGGAUGUCGUUCACGGACUUGGAGGAGGAGAAGGAGCCUACAUUGAAGCUUUGGUCAGGCUGAAGAAGUCAUGCGGACGGCGUGACGUGAUGCGGGCAGCGCACCUCCAAGCCAUCGAAAAGCUCGAGUUGAAGAAUGAUCCAUCGGUCUUCAAGCGGUAUGCCGAGAAAAUUCGGACGCAUUUCUUCGACCUCUCUCCCAUUGGGGAGACGGCCACAGCCGACCUGAUAGAGAAAGUUUGCCUCCGACUACAACUUCCCGACCGACUGGCCUGGAACGACGGCCGAAAAGGAGGAUUGGAGACUCGGAGCCUGAACACGUUUGGAGGCUGGCUUUGUGAUCGUGCCGCAGCCUACCAGAAUGCUUACAGCAUAGCCGCCGACCAACUUCAAUCGACACCUAAACCUGUACGUUUUGCUGCCCGAACAAACCAGGUCUCUUCGAAGCAACAUUCCGGUUCCUUCACACCGUCGAAGCCAGCCACUCGUAGUUUCUGCUUCAAGUGUGAAGGCGAGCACAAACUCGAAACUUGUGGAGAUUUUAAGAAUCUUUCCGUCGGCAACCACGUCGCGUUUUGUGCACGACAUCGCUUAUGUUUUGGUUGUCUAAAAGCCAAACACUCCGUCCGUUUCUGUUCUCAGAGAAAGCCCUGCAGCCAACCGAAUUGCACCCAUUUCCAUCAUCCAUUACUGCAUGAAGCCAGUCAGAUCAGCGUUGACACUUCCGUCACCGCCAGGCCGUCCAUUCUGCACAUCGAAUCAAGAAAACCCGGACGUGUGGCGAUGGGGAUGAUGCGGCUUCAAGUUCAAAAGGCGGAUGGAAACUGGGCACUGGCCAACGUAUUUGUAGAUGAGGGCAGCGAUUCAACUUUGAUGCGGCAAGGUUUUGCAAAUUACCUCAAUCUACGCGGAACUCGUCACCUCUUAACAAUUAUUGGAGCCGGCAACGUGAUUAAUCGUUAUCCUUCCCAACGAAUCACCUUCGUCCGAGACACCAACGGCGAAACCAUCUCCAUUCCCUGUUCCACUCUACCAUCGGUGGCCAGCGACAUCCCGGUUACCGAUUGGCCGUCUCUGAAACAGCGUUGGAAGCAUCUUUCAGACCUCCCAGUUACAGCAACCGGCGGAAGAGUCGACAUUUUAAUUGGAACGGAUCUUUCUCAUUUAGUCGCCGCCUUAGAGUCAAGAGUGGGUGCAGACUAUGAACCGACGGCAACGCUGAACAGAUUUGGAUGGCUCAUCAGAGGAGUGGUGCAAGAUGGCACCAUGGUUACCGCAGUUCGUGCACACACCGUCACUGGAUCGUUUCAGUUGGCCCAGCUGACCGAAGAGAUGAAACAUUUCUGUGAAACCGAGAGCUACGGGACCGAAUACCAGCUGCCAGGCAUGUCAGCAGAUGAGAAACGGGCCGUCUCAAUCCUUGACGACGGAACACGAAAGCUGGACCUAGGAUACGAAGUUCCGAUAACAUGGCGCGAAGGGGAGCCGGUUUUGAUAAAUAAUCGUCGGAUGGUUGAAGACCGAUUCAGGAGUCUUCUACGCAGAUUCGAACGUGAUCCCCAAUUUGAAGCGGAUUAUCGUGCCGCGAUGAAGAAAACUCUCGACCAAGGUUACGCGUUCCGUCUGGCCGGGCCGGCCGCAGAUGAAGCAAGAUAUUUUCUCGCCCAUCAUGGAGUCUACAAGGGGCCGAAAUUAAGAGUCGUCUUCGACGCAGCAGCACCUUUCAAAGGGAAAUGCCUAAACGACGCGAUCCUGAGCGGUCCCGCUUUGCAGCCAUCACUUCCUGCCGUAUUGAUCCAGUUUCGUGAAGGAGAAGUGGCCUGGACCUCCGAUGUGGAAGCGAUGUUCAGUCGUUUUCGACUACGCCCAGCGGAUGCUAACUUCUUUUGUUUUCUAUGGAAGGAGCCUGAUUCGCCGGAUUAA